AUGGGAGGGUGGUGCAAUGGUGUUUGGGUGUGGGGGGAUUUUGGCAUCCCACACAAUCCCUCGAACAACACUGUUAUUCCUGCUGUUUUUUCCUCCGUAGUAGUGCGGGAUCAACACAUUGUGGUUGUUGCCGAUCCGUCUAGCAACAACAUUUUUUCUGAAGAACUGUUGCAGCUGCAGCAGGCUGUUCAAUCGGUUUCUAUUGAUUUUAACAGAACUGAUAUAGUGAAAUGGCAGGCUGAACUGGAGGGAGUUUUUUCGGUUAAAAGUUGUUAUAAUAUUAUAAAUGCUAAUCGUAUUUUGUAUGGUCCUUUGGGAGAAUUUGAUAAGGCUUUAACAAUCGUUUGGAAGAUGGACGUCCUGAUGAAGAUUAGAGCUUUUGGAUGGCGAAGUUUUAUUUAUAGACUUCCGAUGAGAGGAGCUUUAACAAAAAGAGGUAUUAUAUCUUUUUCCAACUCAUCUUGUGUUUACUGUUGUAUAAGGGAGGAAACUUCGGUUCAUUUGCUUUUGACAUGUCAUAACGCGGAUUUAGUUUGGAGGGAUAUUGCCAAAUGGAUUGGUUUCGAUAAUUAUAAAGCGAGGGAUUUGAAGGAAAGUUUUUUGAAAUGGUAA